AUGAUGUGUGUGCGUGCGCUGGAAGUGAGGGUGAGUCAGAGCAGCGUUCAGGUGGCCAGAGGUCAGGCGGCCAUCCUGCCCUGUACGUUCACCACCAGCGCCGCUCUCAAUAAUCUCUACAUCAUAUGGAUGGUCACGCCGCUGGCCAACGCCAACCAGCCAGAGCAGGUGAUCAUCUAUCAGGGAGGCCAGGUCUUCAGUUUAGCCAGUCACAUGAACGGGCGCGUGGGCUUCGUCUCCACCAUGCCCAGCACAAGUGCCUCGAUCUUCAUCAAUAACACGCAGCUGUCGGACACGGGGACGUACCAGUGCCUGGUCAACAACCUGCCCGACCGCGGGGGGCGCAAUAUCGGCGUCAUCGGCCUCACUGUGCUGGUUCCUCCGUCCAUCCCGUCCUGUCGUAUUCAGGGGUCGCUGGAUGUUGGUAACGACGUGAUGCUGUUGUGUGGUUCGGACGAGGGCAUCCCGACACCCACCUACGCCUGGGAGAAGCUGGAGUCGGUGCUCAAACUGCCCCACAAUGCCAUGCAAGAUCAGAUGCAGGGUACGGUCACGCUGAGGAACAUCAGCACCAGCACAUCUGGACUGUAUCAGUGUAUGGCUUCAAACGCCAUCGGAAAGAGCACCUGCGUCCUCAACCUGCAAGUCGUGGCACCGCAGCCUCAGAGCGUCGGUCUGAUCGCAGGAACCAUCGCCACUGCUAUUCUGGCGCUCCUCAUCUGCUCUUUACUGGUGCUCGUCACGCUCUUCUACUGGAGAAACAAGAACAAAUACGAGGAGGAGGAGAUUCCCAACGAGAUCAGGGAGGACGAUCUCCCUCCGAAGAGAUCCUCAUCGGUCAAAGCGUUCCAAGCGGACGCCUCGUCUUCCGAGAACGACACGCUGACGUCCACCAACACCUACAACAGCCGCUACUGGCACAACCCCAAACCCAACUACGACACCAACUCCUACACGCACUACAACGGUGACACGCGGCAGACCUUCACUGGUGGCUCUAAUGCGGCGGGAAAUGCGCCCUCGCGGCCCGCCUACACCAACGGGAGCCACACCCUGCCGCCACCCAAGACUCUGGUGGUCACCACAAACUCCGCCCCCUCGCCGCCCGUCAUGGCCCGCAGUAACGGCUCACUGAGCCUCCGCCCACCCGUCACCACGACGCCGGCCGUGACGCACGGACAACAACACACGCACUCGUUCGCCGUGAGCCAAGCCAUGUUAGAGCGCAUGGGCGCUGUACCCGUCAUGGUGCCGGCGCAGAGCAGAGCCGGUUCGCUCGUCUGAUGUGACGGACGAAAUCAAAACUCUUUUGUAACCGAGUUCAGCUGAUGCCAACUAAAACUGCUCCGUUAACGUCUCACGCGCCCUUGUUUUUUAUAUUGCCUGUUUGCUUGUUAGUUUGUUCAUUUUUUAAGUCGUGAUGAUAAACUGGCUUCGCUGCAGGCAGAUAAAAGGGCCCCAAAAUCACGUAUUUCUCGACCCCAUCACUUCUUCCAGAGAAAAUGAUUGAAUGUGCAUGAUGCUUUGUUUGAUUCGAAUACGGCUUUUAUUACUGCUUUUUAACACUGGAAUCAAAGAGGAAUAAUAUGCGAUUUGAAGCGGAUGUUCUCCAGUCAGUUCCGGCCGCAGCGUUUGGCGGUGAAGUGACUGUGGCCUUCAAUUUCAGAUGAGAGGUUUGACUGCUGAGCUUAGUUUCGUUUGAAAGAAGAGUCUUACAUUUAUCUGUCUUAACAAUCCUAAUUCAGCACUACUGACUAGAGCCGUAGUCUACCUCUAAAACACUACAGAUAGAGUCUAAUCCAUAGUGUAGGUCUCAUCAUGGAGUAUUACAGGAAAUCCACUUCAAUCGGGUGCUGCUUUCAAACAGGUAGAUGCAUAUAUUGUUCUCUAUGUUAUAUGAAGGAUUACUGAGAAACGUUUGAGAUAUUAACACAUUCACUGUUCAUUUUGUUAAUUUGUUGCUUUGUUUGGUUGUUUUUUUAAAUACUGUAAAUAUUGUAACUACUUGUAGAAUAGAAUGUGAAUUAAAACAUUCUUUU